AAACCCCCUUCGGCAGAGCCACCUGUCGUCUUCUGGCAGUCUCAACAUAAUGGAGUCACCACAGUUAGCAACCUUGGCUGAUGACGUCACUGCAGCCCUGGCCAAGCAGGGCUUGUGAACACUGACACUCCGGACCUCCUCAAACUCUGAUCCCUCCUCCUGCUCUUACCAAGUGGGAUGGCCACCACAACCACCACAAGCUUAACUUUAUCCUCCAAACAUCUUUAUUUGUGAUCAGUCCUUCAACUCCAAGAGACUUUAGUUAAGAGCUGCUGUAUUUUAAUCUAUUCAUUGUAUUGAUUUUAUUUAAAAACUGGCUUUUUACCGA